AUGUUGGAAACAGUCACUCGAGAGUUUUGGAAACGAAUUUGGACAAAUGGCAAACGAAUAUUUGAUCGUGAAGAUUUUGAAGAGGUGCUGACAGCCAGUGGAAUAACAAAUGGAUCCGAGUAUAUUGAUCAAAUUGACAGUGACUACGCCACAACUAAACUGAAAGAGAACAGCGAUGCUGCUCUGGACGGCGGGGCUUUUGGCGCGCCUUGGAUAGUUGUUCACAAGGACGGUGAGGAGCACACGUUCUUUGGUUCUGAUCGACUUCCUCUGAUCGCGCACCUCAUUGGACAGAAGUUCACCGACGGCCUCAUACAGUACUCGAAAUUGUAA